AUGGCCCAUAGACUAGUGGCGAAAGGGGGCCUCGAUUUGGAGGCAUUGUCGCCUAGGGACGCCAACGCUCAGCGUCUGCCCAAGGCCAUCGAAAUGAAGACGUCGAAGCCUGUCGCCCAGCUCAAGGCUGCAAAGGACAAGGAGCCGCCACCGGUACCACCCGCGAGUAUUGACGAGCCUCCGGCGAACGACCGUCCCAAUGGAGCCGUCUACCAGGUCGGCAGAAUGCUCGGCAAGGGUGGUUUCGCUGUGUGUUACCAGGGAUACCUUCUGCCGGAACGCAAGAAGUACGCGCUGAAGAUUGUGCGGAGUCAGAUGCCGUCCAAGAUGAUGCAAAAGUUCCAAACCGAACUCCAGAUCCACUCGAAGAUGAACCAGAAGAACAUUGUCCAGUUCUUCAGGGCAUUCUCUUUCCAUGACUGCAUGUACCUUGUUCUCGAGCUCUGCACCAACGGCUCUCUCAUGGACAUGGUCAAGAAGCGCAAGGGGUUGACGGAGCCUGAGGUUCGAUUCUACUCAGUGCAAGUCGCCGGAGCCAUCAAGUACAUGCAUGGAAAGGGUAUCAUUCACCGAGAUCUGAAGAUGGGUAACAUCUUCCUCGACCACCGAAUGAACGCCAAGGUUGGCGAUUUUGGACUGGCUGCCUUGCUUGUUACCGGCCGCGAUAUGCAGACCAUAAGAAGGACAACUCUAUGCGGCACGCCCAAUUACAUCGCCCCCGAAAUUCUCCAGAAGGGAAAGAAGGGCCAUGACCACCAGGUGGAUAUCUGGAGUUUGGGCAUCAUCAUGUUUGCCAUGUUGACAUCCAAGCCGCCCUUCCAAUCGACCAGCACCGAGGAAAUCUAUCGCCGAGCGAGAGAACGAGACUACGAAUGGCCGAACCCGGAGACGUCGCAAAAGUACAUCAGCGAGGAGGCCAAGGAUUGUGUAGCCACUAUGCUCGAGGACGCGGAUAUGAGACCCGAUCCAGACAUCAUUGUUCAGCAUCCCUUUUUCACUUGCGGCUACUUCCCCGUCGAGACCGAUAUUACGACCAGACUACUCACUUUGCCUCCCGACGGAUCCGAAUUCUACACCAACCGCAUGAGUGCUCAGUUGCAGGCAGUCACCAAGAGAAACAUGGAGGACAUGUGCAGAGAUUGCGGUGUUGGUCCCUGGACACCAGUGCAGGUCGUUCACACCCAAACGUGGAAGGAAAUGGCCGCUGAGGAGAAGUCUGGGUUGACUCCCCUGAUCCCCCUGGGAGAGGACGUUGUCUACAGACCAUUUGACGAUUGGCUUCGCGAGAAGCGACACGCUCGCGCGCUUGCUGCCUCCACGUCUUCGCGUCCUGACGCGGCCUCAGAGUCUCAAAUGACAACUUCGCAAACGGCGCCGACAGGCCUGUUGCGCCAACCUCCUCAAAGUUUUGCGGCCCAACAAAGAGCACAGAACCGACCGCCGCCGAUGGCCAGCUCUACCAUUUCUUCUAGGCCCCGACCACCUCCGGAAGUCCCCGUCCAGCCUCUUCAACCUGCAGAGGCACCUCGCCCGAGAUCUGUUAGACAGCAUAGUGCGCCCGAGUCUCGGACGAACCAGCUUGCGGAAGCUCCAUUGAGGAAGUCUAGUGCGCGAAGGACACCACUUCCGACAUCACAGUCGGUAGGCGCUCUGCCCACCCAAGCCAUGUCGUCCCAGUCCUCAAGCCAAGCUACAGUCACCAUGACGGGGCUGUUGGAGAACCUCAAGAUCUCUUCCGACCAAAACGAGAGAGCAUCGCUUUUUAGCCCAGCCGAACCUGCGGAGCCGGUAGCAGGCUCGAAGCCGGAUGUCAUUCUUGAGAGACUUCGCAGGCUGCAGACAGAGUUGGAGCGCGCUCUCAACGCUCGAACUAUGGCUAUCAUCUCUUCCAAGGACACCACCCCGCCUCAUCCCAAUGUAGUCGUGAAGUGGGUCGACUACACCAACAAGUUUGGUCUUGGCUAUAUCUUGAAUGAUGGCGGUGUCGGAUGCAUUUUGAGGGAUAUUCCUACGACCGAGGCCAGCAAGACUCUGACACUGCCUUCGGCUUGCAUGCUUGUGCGUGAUGCGGAGCGACACAUUGAGCGACGUCACGACGACUCGUACCCCGAGAGACAUCAACCAUUGCCGCCCAAGCAAGACAUCCAUUUCUACGAGAACAACGGCGAGACAGGUCUCACUCGAGUCUCUGUCUCCUCGAAGCAGUUCCGCGUGCCGGUCUACGAAGACGGAACUCCCGGAAAGCUGAAUCCUGGAAAGGACGUCUAUGAACACAGAAAGCGAGAACGCGUCAUUCUCUGGAAAAAGUUCGCCAACUACAUGAUUGCCUAUGGCAGAGAUGAGCCGGUCCCUGCUGAGGAGACUGUAAUUCGGCCGAUGGAACUGUCCGUCAACAACUCUCAGCCUUCUGAUCUGGUCACAUUCUACCAACGCUUUGGUGAUGUUGGCUGCUGGGUCUUUGGCGACGGCCACCUUCAGUUCAACUUCCCUGAUCACACCAAGGUCGUUCUGAACGCCGCAGGAACCUGGUGUCACUUCUGGCACCUUCCCAUGGACGCGGCGCAGAACCUUGCAACUACUGGCAGCCUGGGCGCUGCCGCUCUCGACGAGAGGGCCAUGCUGUCCUACCCCCUGCAGACGUUGUUGAACUUCCAGACCAAGCCCUCGGCGGCCCGUUCUACUCGCACGACCACGACAUCACGACGGCGUCCGGAGAUCCCAACCGAAUUGCAGGGAAUACCCGUCGCUAACGACUUCCGUCACAAGAUCGAAUUCAUCAAGAACGCAAUCAAGGAAUGGGUCACAAAUGGUGGUCUGGGUAACAGUGCUAUGGACCGUGACCACAGACUGCGCUGGGGAGGCCACCGCGAGACCGUCAUGGGCAACAGCUUUAUCAAGGGUGUCUGGGUAACUGUUGGCGCUCGGUGGGGUGAUACUAGACUGUCGGCCUACAUUGAUCCUGCCAAUCCUAUGGAAAUGGGUGAGGAGAUUGACGAAUCCAAGAGACGACGCCACUGA